UCGUUGUUAUGUCCAAAAUCCCCCAAAACAAUUCUCUAGAUUUUCGCGAUAAUCUUCUACCGAAAUGGAUUCUCGAAUCGACGACGACGACGGCGAUCUUCUAGCUUCUAGUUCAAAUACCUCCGGUCGCCGGAAUUAUCAUUGUUACAGUGAAAAAUUCGUUUUCAACUCCGACUCCGAUUCCGACGACGUCGCCGGCGCCGGAGAUGUCAAUAGAGUCGGAAGUUCCGGCAGGAAAUUUAGCUUCGAUGAGACGGAGCGAACUCCGAAAUUGUUUGACCGGUUCUACGGCUCUUCAUCUUCUGAUGAUGAGGAGUUCAGUUCCGGUUCAGGUCAAAAUGGCGUUGUUCGGAAACGGCUUGAUAAUAUGAUUCAAUUCCUUGACCGUAAGAUUUGUUCGGAAACAGCUGCUUCUAAUAGUAAUAGUAAUGUUAAGAGUCAGUCUCAAGGUCUUCCUGAGUUUUCAGGUAAAGGUGGUGGUGCUGGCAUUUUCAAGUUGCCUGUACGUGCCGCAGUGCAUCCUGAUCGUCCGCCAUCAUUGGAAUUACGGCCACAUCCGUUGAGAGAAAGGCAAAUUGGGAGAUUUUUGAGGACUGUAUUGUGUACGGACGAUGGAUCUCAGCUAUGGGCUGGGUCGGAGUGUGGAGUUAGGUUGUGGAAUUUGUCGGAUAUGUAUGAGGCUGCUCAAGAAGAAGAAGAGAAUGAGGACUUUGAAGAUGCUGCACCUUUUCUGGAGUCUGUUAGGACUUCACCAACGUUGUGCCUUGUUGAAGAUGCUGGGAAUAGGUUGCUAUGGAGUGGACACAAAGACGGUAGAAUCAUGUGUUGGCAGAUGGACAGUGAAACUAGCAGUAGAGAGAAAGGUGCUUGUGGAAAAGCUGCUUUGAAAGAAGUGUUAUCGUGGCAGGCUCAUCGCGGUCCAGUUCUUUCCAUGAUCAUGACUUCCUAUGGCGAUCUGUGGUCUGGAUCUGAGGGUGGUACCAUCAAGAUCUGGCCUUGGGAAGGAAUGGAGAAAUCGAUUGCUCUGAUAAAUGAGGAAAGGCACAUGGCUGCUUUGUCGAUAGAGAGGUCAUACGUGGAUCUAAGGAGCCAAGUUAUGCAUAAUGGAACAGGCAAUAGCAUAUUUUCUGUUGAUGUCAAAUAUAUGCUGUCUGAUCGCUCUGGAGCAAAAGUUUGGACGGCUGGUUAUGUGUCAUUUGCGCUUUGGGAUGCACGGACUCGAGAGUUACUGAAAAUCUUUAACACAGAUGGUCAGGUUGAAAAUAUAUUAGCAGCAGUAGAUCCUGUAAUUGAAGAUGAAAUGAGGAUGAAAGUUGUGUCCAAUUCAAAGAAGGACAAGUCUCAAAGUUCUAUCGGCUUCUUUCAGCGUUCACGCAAUGCUAUCUUAGGAGCAGCUGAUGCUGUCCGUAGGGUUGCGGUAAAAGGAGGAUUUGGAGAAGAUAACCGGAGGACUGAAGCGUUGAUCAUUGCAGUCGAUGGAAUGAUAUGGAGUGGAUGUUCCAAUGGAUUACUUGUCCAAUGGGAUAGAAAUGGCAAUCGCUUGCAAGAUUUCCAGUAUCACACAUUCUCUGUUCAAUGCUUAUGCACAUAUGGGUCACGGAUUUGGGUAGGUUAUGCUAGUGGUUAUAUUCAGGUAUUGGAUCUUAGUGGUAAUCUACUUGGAGGAUGGAUAGCUCAUAGUAGCCCUGUAAUAGAUUUUUCUGUGGGUGGAGGUUACGCUUUCUCUUUGGCUAAUCAUGGUGGUAUACGGGGUUGGAGUGUGAUAUCUCCUGCACCACUGGAUGGUAUUCUGCGUUCGGAGUUAGCUAGCAAGGAAUUUUUGUAUACUAGGCUAGAGAAUUUUAAAAUAUUGGCUGGUACAUGGAAUGUUGGACAAGGAAGAGCUUCUCCCGAUUCACUUAUAUCAUGGUUAGGUUCUGCAGCAGCAGAUGUUGGCAUUGUUGUUGUUGGCUUGCAGGAGGUGGACAUGGGUGCUGGUUUUCUUGCAAUGUCUGCUGCUAAAGAAUCAAUGCAGGUGGGUCUUGAAGGAAGUACUGCUGGUCAAUGGUGGUUGGAAAUGAUUGGAAAAACCUUGGAUGAGGGAUCAACUUUCAUCCGUGUUGGCUUCAGGCAGUUGGCGGGCCUGGUUAUUUCUGUCUGGGUCAGAAGAAAUAUUAGUCGUUAUAUCGGUGAUGUUGAUGUUGCAGCAGUACCUUGUGGUUUCGGGCGUGCAAUUGGGAACAAGGGAGCCGUAGGAUUGAGGAUGAGAGUGUAUGAUCGUACUGUGUGCUUUGUGAACUGUCACUUUGCUGCACAUCUAGAAGCUGUCGGUCGCCGGAAUGCUGAUUUUGACCAUGUUUAUCGAAGUAUGAUCUUUAGUCGACCAUCAAACUUUCUCAAUGUUGCAGCUGGUAUGGUGCCAUACCUAUUCUCAGCUUGCUUGCUUGCCUGCUCUAUGUUUUUAAUCUGGGUUGCUUAUGGUUCUCGGUUGCCAUUGGUACUUCUUGUUGCAGCUGGUGUCUCAUCUGCGAUUCAAAUGCUUCGCAGUGCAAAUGGUGCGUUUAACUCUGCAGAAGCAACUCCUGAGCUUUCUGAGGCAGAUAUGGUUGUGUUUCUUGGUGACUUGAACUAUCGGCUUGAUGGCAUUUCUUAUGAUGAAGCAAGAGAUUUUAUUUCCCAAAGGAGCUUUGAUUGGCUUAGAGAGAGGGACCAGUUGCAUACAGAGAUGGAAGUUGGGAAUGUCUUCCAAGGAAUGCGUGAAGCAGUCAUCAGAUUUCCUCCAACAUACAAAUUUGAGAGGCAUCAAAAUGGCUUAGCAGGGUAUGACUCUGGUGAAAAGAAGCGGAUUCCUGCCUGGUGUGACAGGAUUUUGUAUCGUGAUAGCCGUUCCACUUCAGGUUCCACUUGCAGCUUAGAUUGUCCUGUCGUCUCAUCAGUUCUGCAGUAUGAAGCUUGCAUGGAUGUGACAGAUAGUGACCACAAACCUGUAAGGUGCAUAUUCAAUGUGGAGAUUGCUCGAGUGGAUGAAUCAGUGAGAAGGCAAGAAUAUGGAGAAAUCAUUAGAUCAGACGAGAAAGUCGUGCUUAUGCUUCGGGAACUUAAUAGAAUUCCAGAAACAAUAGUCAGCACAAAUAACAUAAUCCUCAUGAACUUGGAUGCAUCCAUCUUGCGCAUUACAAAUAAGAGCGGGAAAAACAAAGCUAUUUUUGAAAUAAUUUGUGAAGGCGAGUCCACUGUUAAAGAUGAUGGGCAAGUGUUUGAUUAUCGUCCAAGAGGUUCUUUUGGUUUCCCUCGUUGGCUUGAGGUUAAUCCUGCAGUUGGCGUCAUUGUACCUGACCAAAUUGUUGAGAUUUCAGUUCACCAUGAAGAUCGGCAGACACUUGAGGAGUUCGUUGAUGGAAUUCCUCAAACCUCUUGGUGUGAAGAUGCCAAGGAUAAGGAAGUCAUGUUGGCAAUCAAAGUCCGCGGUUGCAUCUCAACAGAAAGAAAAUGUCACCGUGUCCGUGUGCGGCACUGCAUUUCAGCCAAGCCUUUGCCCACAAAGGUCAGACAAAGCAACUCUGACCAUCCCCAGCCAAAUGUCCUUCGCCGGUCUGAUUUUCAACCCAGUGGCUUUUCGGCUGAUGUUGUUGACGACCUAAUAAAUCUAAACAGUCCUUGACAGCAAGCAAGCAUAUCUCCAGGUUGAACCUCAACAACACCCAAUUUGUGUGUUUCACUACAACGAACAACCAAAGCGAUGUGUUUCUGUAAAUAAUCACCGAAGGGACUAUUGUACAACUUCUCGAUAGGAAAUUUUCGUUGCAUAUGUCAAAUUCUUUUGAGUUGGUCACUUUUCGAAUUAUUCAGGCAGUCACUUAUUGAUAAGUGUAUAACAUAAAUUGCACAUAUGCAAUAACAUAGAACUAGUUGUGUAUGUAAUCAUGUAAGGUAUUUGAGUGAGUGGUGCAUUGAGUUGAACCCUUCUGUAAGUUGUGGGGUGUGGGUUUGACCUCUUUUCU